AUGUCUCAAAGUUUACUUGUCGUACGAAGCAAGGCACGUCGGGGUGUGGAGACGGUACGGCCGAGCCAGAGCGAGACAGCAAUGGGGAUAGCGAGCAGAGCUCUGACAGUUCUGACAGCAGUGACAGUGCGCGAAGCGAUGAAGACUCCGCACCUCGCCGCCGAGUGCAGAGAGUGGCGCCACCGCCGCCAUCAAGAACCAAGUAAGAAAAUAACUCCAAGAAUCAAAGACUUUAUUGUAUUACUAGUUUACUACUAG